AUGGUUGUCUUGAUUACCUCGGGCAUCAAGCUUCAAUGCAUUUAUGGGAGUGACCAAGUCAGUCAGAUCACAACCUAUGACUCUGCAGCACGAGAGAUGUUGCAGAGGCCAGUCCAUAUCAGCUCAUUUUCGGAGGAUGUCAAGAAGCAUCAAGAAGACGCCUCUCCGCAGAACACCAAAGACAGCUUUUUGAAUGGCAGAGAAGACGUUGCUGAUGCGACAGCGGUUCAAGCGAGGCCAUCAAAGACACUGAAGACGGAACAUCAUAGACCGUCUCCGAUUAGGUCGCGUGAGUAUCAAGAUGCCGUCUUCGGAAUUUCCAGCUGCGAAAGCUUACUGGAAUGGGCAAUCUUCGAGCCCUUCAGAGGAUUGGGGACUGUCAAGUCAUUCGUGUUACCAUCGCAGCAAGCAACAGCGGCGGGCGACCAAACAAACGACGGAGACAGGAAUUGGCAAGUCCAUGAGGACCAUUUCGUCCCGCCCUGUCAACGAUUUAUGAAGAUUGUUCUUCAUCCGACCCUUCCCGUGCUGAAUGGCUCCGAGAUCGACAUCUUGUUGCAAGCGUAUAAUGGAACGGCGAGCCAUGAAUAAAGAGCAGGUGCCUUUUUCAACUGCACUUACUGCGUACUAUACCUGCAGAUUGCGGGAAGGAUGCGUGACUACUUCGCCCUCCUCUGAAGCUUGACAGGCGACGCACUCAGGAAGCAUAUCCAAAGUCUGGAUUAGCAAUGUCUUUUUUAGCUCCUCGAGAGAAUUCUGUGCGGCACGUACUACCGUGUUUUUGAAAUGUCCUUUGUUAAUGUAAUGCCUAUCUUUGUUCGAAC